AUGUCUGGAACCGAUGCCAAGUUCACCUUCCCUAUGGAAGAAGUCGAUAUCUUCAGCCCUGUACACGACGUGUACCCAUUGAUCGACCCAGCGUCUCAUUUCGAGUCGAAGACCUUCAAGGACAAAGUGGUCAUCAUCACCGGUGGCUCUCUUGGUAUUGGCGCAACUGCAGCUCUCUUCUAUGCUCGCUCGGGAGCCAAUGUCCUUGUCGUCGCUCGUCGCCUCGAUAACCUCGAGAAGACCAAGCAGGGCAUCGAGAAAGAGGUUCCAAACGCCAAGGUCUUGAUCCUUUCAGGGGACAUUGUUGAUCCUGAGGUUGGGAAGCACGCCGUGAAGACCGCUGUCGAUGCCUGGGGCAAGGUUGACAUCGUUUUGGCGAACCAGUUCACCAAUAUGACGCCUGUUGGGAAACUGGGGGAGAACGACCCGGUAGCUUGGUGGGUCACGCAAGAGGUCAACGUGCGAGGUACUGUCAACAUCGUCCACGCAGCCAUCCCCGAGCUUCUCAAGACGAAGGGCCAGAUCAUCGCGACCACCUCUGUAGCAGCGCAUGCACGGUCGCCCAUCUCGAUGGACUACAGCAUCAGCAAGCACACGCUUGAUCGCUUUGUAGAGAUCCUAGCCCUGGACUAUCCAGAGCUCACAAUCUACGCCGUACAUCCCGGCGGAAUCAAGACACCUGGCUCUGACAGAGCAUUGGGAGAUAUGGGUCUCAUAGGAGUCGUUCCGUUGCCCGACACGCUUGAGCUUCCCGCAGCAACAUUCCUAUGGCUCACCGCCCGCAACGCCGAGUUCCUCAGCGGCCGGUACAUCCAAGCCACUUGGGACCUUAACGAGGUUCUGGCGAAGAAGGACGAGAUUGUACGCGAUAACCUGUUAGUCACGAAGCUCGCUGGGCCCGCUAAGUAG